GGGAGACCAGAUAUAGUGAAUGCAGGGCAGGGUUCGGGGAGACCAGAUAUAGUGAAUGCAGGGUCCGGGGGGGGAGAAUAUAGUGAAUGCAGGGUCUGGGGGACAGAUAGUGAAUAUAGUGAAUGCGGGGGUCCGGGGAGACCAGAUAUAUAGUGAAUGCAGGGUCCAGGGAGGCCAGAUAUAGUGAAUGCGGGGUCCAGGGAGGCCAGAUAUAGUGAAUGCGGGGUCCAGGGGGAGACCAGAUAUAGUGAAUGCAGGGUCCGGGGAGACCGGAUAUAGUGAAUGCAGGGGGAUAUAGUGAAUCGGGGAGACCAGAUAUAGUGAAUGCAGGGUCGGGGAGACCAGAUAUAGUGAAUGCAGGGUCGGGGAGAGCGGAUAUAGUGAAUGCAGGGUCCGGGGAGACCAGAUAUAGUGAAUGCAGGGUCCGGGGAGAGCGGAUAUAGUGAAUGCAGGGCC